ACCAGUGAAAGAACAAGAGUGACUCACAGGAGGAAGAUGAAGAGAUCAUAGUUUCCGGGUGUGCGCUGUACGCACCAGUAGUCCAAAGUCACGAGAGAAGAGCAAAACCCUGCUGCAGAGAGUGGCUGGCAGGAGCUUCAGACACAACGCAGUUGAGGCCCGCCCCUAGCGGCCGGACAAGCCCAGCAGCCAGAGCCCAAAAAGCCAGGGCUGCGCUCCCUUGGGAGAGAGGAGGAGACAGAGCCCUGAGGGACCGGUGACAGACCCUUCCUCACAGCAACCCUGUGAGGGUUGCUCCCUUUCACGAGAAAAACACAGUUCCGAGGAGCUUGUUACAGCUUUAGCCACAGAUCUGCAGAGAAUGUAGUUCUGACACGAAGGAAACGGGAAGGUCUGUAAGGCCAGCAAGACAAGCUGAACAGAGUUAGAAUUUUCAGCACAGUCCCUGGGAAGCCUCGCAGAUGGCUGACCCACAGGGCCGUGAGCUGGAGGCUGAGUGCCCUGUCUGCUGGAACCCCUUCAACAACACGUUCCACACCCCUAAAUUACUGGACUGUUGCCACUCUUUCUGCGUGGAAUGCCUGGCCCACCUCAGCCUGGUGACGCCGGCCCAGCGCUGCUUGCUUUGUCCACUAUGUCGCCACCCCACCAUCCUGGCCUCUGGGCAGCCAGUCACUGACUUGCCCACAGACACUGCCAUGCUGACCUUGUUGCGCCUGGAGCCCCACCACAUCAUCCUGGAAGGGCGUCAGCUCUGUCUCAAGGACCAGCCCAAGAGCCGCUACUUGCUGCGCCAACCUCGAGUCUUUACACUGGACUUUGGCCCCGAGUCUGGGAGCCACACUGGCCCCCCCCAGGUUAUGGCCCCUGCCACUGUACCCAGGCCCAUUCCCAUCCCCAGCCACUACUCUCUGAGGGAGUGUUUCUGCAACCAUCAGUUCCGGAUCUUUGCCUACUUGAUGGCUGUCAUCCUCAGUGUCACUCUGUUGCUCAUCUUUUCCAUUUUUUGGACCAAGCAGUUCCUUUGGGGUUCUGUGGGACCAAGCAGUUCUGGGGGGUGAGUGCUGUUCACGGACAAGGUACAAACUGCUGGGGCUGGAAACUGCAUGCCCUCACUUGGUGCUGUCCUCCUUUGCAGCAUCGCUCAUUCACAACCCAGGGAUCGGUGUUUGGCCACUCAUUUGCUGGGAACAGAGAAGGCAA